AUGACCCGGGAAACAAGGAUGCCAAUUGGCUGUGGUCCUCCUGGCACAGGCUGUACCCCGCCCGGCUCGCGCCUGCCCCAUCUGGAUAUGGCCCCCACCCCCACCGUGGGCACCUGGUGCUGGGCAAGGAGCUGCGGGGGGCUGCACCCCACAGGUGCAGAGGAGGCCACGGGUCAGGCAGCCUGCGGGCGCCCAGCCCCCAACCUGGCCCUGAAUCCAGCCCGCGUGGUGGGCGGGACCAAUGCCCGCGCUGGGGAGUGGCCGUGGCAGGUCAGUCUCCGACACAAUCGGCUCCACAUCUGCGGGGGGGCCCUCGUGGCCCCCCAAUGGGUCCUCACGGCUGCCCACUGCUUCGAGGGUCCCAUCAGGCCCGGCGAAUACCAGGUGGAGCUGGGGGCCCUGGAGCUGUCCCACCCACCCCCCGAGGCCAUCCUGGCACCUGUGGCAGGGGUGGCCGUGCACCCCCACUUUGUGGGGGCAGGGCUCAGUGCCGACCUGGCCCUGGUCCGCUUGGCCCAGCCCGUGGGCCUCACCCCGACCAUCCUGCCCAUCUGCACCCCCCGGCCCGGCCAGCCCUUCCUGCCAGGCACAGCCUGCUGGGUCACUGGCUGGGGCAGCGUUGUGCCUGAGGGCCUGUUCCUGCCCCGGACGCUGCAGAAGGUGGAGCUGCCCCUGAUCGAGGUGGACGAAUGCAACUGGCUCUACCAGGCCAACUCCAGCUCCGAGUCCUCCGAGAUCCCAGAAGGCUACAAGCUGGUCCAGCCAGACAUGGUGUGCGCGGGCUAUGCUGACGGGGGCAAGGACUCCUGCCAUGGCGACUCGGGAGGGCCCCUGGCCUGCCCCCAGGAUGGGGCCUGGUUCCUUGUGGGGGUUGUGAGUUUUGGCUUGGGAUGCGCCCGCCCCGGGCGCCCAGGGGUCUACACCCGCGUCGCCGCAUUCACCCCCUGGAUCCAGGAGGUCAUGGAGGCACCGCCCCCCAGCACCGCCCCCUGGGCCCUGGCACCCUCCCUGUGGGGGCUGCUGCUCCUCUGCCCACUGCUGGCAGGGCCCUGAGUUGGGGGACCCAGGAGUCUGGACUCCCAGAACCCCCUGCUCCCACCCCCGCCACCCCAGAGAACCCAG